AUGGCCCGCCCGUCGGCCACCGCCGCGCUCCUCCUCCUCCUCGUCCUCUCCCUCCUCGCCGUCGCGCACUGCCGCACCGUCGCAGUCGCAGCAGACCACGCCGCCGAGCCCGAAUCAACCGCCGCCGUCGCCGUCAGCGACGAGAAUGGACUGUCGUCCAACCCCACCCUCCCCGCCGAGGCGGGCGCCAGCGCCACUGAGGAGGAGGAGGUCCUCCCGGCGGAGCAGCAGCAUGGGUCCGAAUUCCUCCGCCUGCCGUCCCACCGGCUCCACCGCCACCGCCCCUGCAGCCUCCACCACCACCUCUGGUGGAAGCGCCACCACGGCGUCUACCGCGACGCGCCGCGCAGGUUCCGUGACCAUUAUUCUGGCCACGGCGAGAGGCGCGAGGCAGUGAGCCACCUUGCCGCCAUCUUGCCUGCAGAGGAGGCCAAGGAGGCGGAGGAGGUGAAGCCCGUGGCCGAGCCGGACCCGGAUCGUUCUCUCCCGGACAGUGACGGCAGGGAGCCGUCGUUCGCCGACGCUGACGGGCACGACGACGAGCGUGCGGCGGCGGUCAGGGCGUGGAAGAAGGAGAUGCUGCGAAGGUGGUUCCACUUCCACCACGGCAUGCGCCGCCACCGUCUCCACCACGACGAGGAGGAAGGCCAGGAGCAGGAGGAGGAGACUGCUCCAGAGGGCAUGAACAUGAAGCGGUUCCACUUCCACCACCACGACGACAAAGAGGAUGAGGAGAAGAAUACGGUGAGGAAGCGGCCCCGUCACGCUGAGCACGGCGAGGACAGCGACGACGAGGAUGAACAAGUGGAAGAGAUGGUCCGGCGGUUCAGGAAGGCGAUCAUGAAGAGGAGGUUCAGCCACGGCCACGGCCGCCGCUUCUUCCACCACCACCACGACCAAAGGCACCGCCACGCCAAGGAGGCCGAGAAGCAGGCGGGUGGAGAUGAGCAGAGCGGUGUGAUGGCUUGGAUCAGGGGCCUCAUGAGCCGGUUCUAG